AUGAAAGCUUAUUCGCCUUUUCUUUUGUUUCCUGCAUUCCUUUGCUUUCAUCAGUCCAUCACAGCCGAAAUCAAAGAAGUCGUUGGCCACAUGGAUGAUCAAGAACUGGUACAAGAACAGGUACAGCUUAGCCCAGUUGGUGAUAUAGUGACCAUCAACGAGAAUGAAGGAAUAGGAAAGUUCUUGUAUGAGAGCGAUAUUCUGUUAACUAAACCGCAGCUGGAUGAGAUUGUAAACGAGAUUGGACGUGAUCGAAGAAAACGACAAGCAUUCAAAGAUAAAGAUUAUCCCCGAACACUCUGGCCUGAUGGCAUAGUACAUUUUUCCUUCCAUAAUAACACAAGUGAGAGGUUCGACAUGUGUUCAAAAAAGAAGUCAACUUUGUUUAGCUAA